CGCAGAGCAAGAGGCCCAGGAAGGACCCGCCCGGCGCGGUGGGGAGCAGCGGCGCGGGCAGCUCGGGGCCCCGCGGAAAAGGAACCGAAGGUGGUGGAUCAUCAUCUGGAAAUGUGUCUGGGGUUGCCUCCGUUGCCCCUGCAGGGGGCUCACGUGCCUCCUCCCGGAACUUAGGGUCUUCCGGUGGCGAGAAGGAAGAAGGCAAAAAGGUCCGGCGGCAGUGGGAGUCAUGGAGCACAGAGGACAAGAACACCUUCUUCGAGGGGCUGUAUGAGCACGGGAAAGACUUUGAAGCGAUCCAAAACAACAUUGCUCUGAAGUACAAGAAGAAAGGCAAACCUGCAAGCAUGGUGAAGAACAAAGAGCAGGUCCGCCACUUCUACUACCGCACCUGGCACAAGAUCACCAAGUACAUCGACUUCGACCAUGUGUUUUCUCGGGGACUGAAGAAGUCAUCCCAGGAACUGUAUGGCCUGAUCUGCUAUGGCGAGCUGCGCAAGAAGAUUGGGGGCUGUAUGGAUGACAAGAAUGCAACAAAGCUGAACGAACUCAUUCAGGUUGGGGCCACCACUGUACGUUACAAAGGCAGGAACCUGCGGAUCAAAGCACCAAUGUGCCGGGCCCUGAAGAAGCUCUGUGACCCAGAUGGCUUGAGUGACGAAGAGGACCAGAAGCCAGUGCGUCUGCCCCUGAAAGUCCCUGUAGAGCUACAGCCACGAAACAACCACGCCUGGGCUCGUGUACAGAGCCUCGCCCAGAACCCGCGCCUCAGGAUGAUUGUGGAGCUACAUCGAAAGGUCUCCAGCCUCAUUGAAUUCUUGAAGCAGAAGUGGGCACUCCAUGAAGUGAGGAUUCGGAAGACACUUGAGGAACGGCAGCUGCAGGACUCAUGUGCAGAACCGACGCAGGAGAAGGUGACUCUGCACCUUUUUCCAGGAGAGAACUGCACACUGACGCCACUGCCAGGUGUGGCCCGAGUGGUGCACUCCAAGGCCUUCUGCACCGUGCAUUGGCAGGAGGGCAACCGGUGCAAGCAGAGUACCAAGGACACUCAUGCGCUGCCUCCAGCCCAGAUCCUGGGCAUCCAGAGCGGGCAGGGCACAGCCAGGGGCCAACUGAAGUGCCCACGGGGUGGUGCUGAGGGCAGGGGUGCCGGGCGACCCCCUCCUGCUGCUGAUGCCUCGCAGAGUUCUGGGGAGAGUUCCCCUGAAAGUGCCCCUGGGGAAGGGACUGCCCCAAACCUAAGCAGCCCAGACGCUCCUGAUAGACCUCCUCCAGGGUACCAGGACGCCGGGCUAUGUCUAGAGAAGACCCCUGCAGUGGCUCCUGCAGAGAGCGGGGAUGGCCCCGCCCAGGAACUGGGGACGUUGCCAUGUGCCUGCAGCCAGUUCCCAGACCUGGAGGAUGAGCUCUCGCUGCUAGACCCCUUUCCCCGCUACCUGAAGUCCUGUCAGGACCUCAUUGUCCCUGAACAGUGCCGCUGUGCAGACACAUGGCCUGGGAGACAGCACCCUCCUCCUGGUGGGGUAGCCUCCCCAGAGGCUCUCGGUCCCAGCAGCAGGGAAUCUGCUGACCUCGCCCUACCUGGCCCAGACCCGCAGCUCAGCCCUGGCCCCAAGCUCCCGCCAGAUGUUUGCACUAAAGACUUGGCAGAUGCACCUACAGAGGAGCCCCAGGAGAAGGGAAGCCCCUCAGAGCCUCUACUGCCUCAGGGACAGCCUGCCCCUAGGCCGCCAAAGGAGGUUCCCGCUAGCCAGCUGGCCCAGCAGCUCCGUGAGGAGGGCUGGAACCUGCAGACCUCCGAAAGCCUUACACUGGCCGAAGUCUACCUCAUGAUGGGCAAGCCGAACAAGCUGCAGCUGGAGUACGACUGGCUGACCGUGUUGGGACCUGAGGGCCAGGCCCCCGGAGGGCGGGGACAGGACCCUCGCCCUGGCUCUCCACCCGCUGCCUUCCAUAAGCAGCGCCUCCUCAGCUGCCUCCUGAAGCUCAUCUCCACCGAGGUCAACCCAAAGCUGGCUCCAGAAGCAAAUGCCAUGUCCACAGCCUCGGUGAGGCCUUCCCAGGAGGAGCAGUCAAUGACACCCCCAGGGAAGGUGGUUACCAUCAGCUCCCGCAGCCCCCGCUGCCCUCGGAACCAGGCCACCCUCCGCAGCAGCAAGACAUUCUCGCCCAGCUCUGCACCAUGCUCCUCAGUUUUGAGAAACCCUCCAAGACCACUCUUGGUGGCUGGUCCCUCUAGCACAGGAGGCAGUGACUCAGAUGGUGGCCUUUUUGCUGUCCCAACAACUCUGCCACCGAACAGCCGACACGGGAAGCUCUUCUCUCCCAGUAAGGAAGCAGAGUUGACUUUCCGUCAGCAUCUGAACUCAGUCAGCAUGCAGUCGGAUUUCUUCUUGCCAAAGCCCAGGAAAUUGCGGAACCGGCAUCUGAGGAAGCCAUUGGUGGUCCAGAGAACACUGCUUCCUAGACCGUCUGAGAGUCUGCCCCACAACGUUUGUUCCUUCUCCAUCCUGCCUAAUUCUUCCAUAACUGGGAGAGGUUCAUUCCGGCCCAUCCAGUCUUCUCUGACCAAAGCAGCUCUGUCUCGGCCAAUCGUGCCCAAGGUCCUUCCACCCCAGGCCACAAGUCACUUGGCCAGCGCUAUCGACUUAGCAGCUACCAGUGCCGGCAUCAUCCCCGGGAGCCCCCUUCCUGCCUUGGACACUGAGGGCUUGUCUGGCAUCUCUCCACUAUCCUCAGAUGAGGUGACAGCUGCCGUCUCAGGUCAGGACUCCACUGGAACCCACCAAAAUGGAGACCCCAUUCCCACUGUGGGGGGUACGAGCGACCCAUUUGUCAGCGUCCCCUCGAGGCCUGAGCAGGAGCCAGUGACGGACAGUUUCCAGGGCUCUUCUGUUCUCUCCUUGUCUGAGCUGCCCAAGACUCCUCUUCAGAAUGGCCUCUCCACAUCACUGUCCUCAUCAGAGGGCUCCAGCACCCGGCUUUCUCCGCCAGACGUCUCUGCUCUGCUGGACAUCUCCCUGCCCGGCCCACCCGAGGAUGCACUCUCCCAGGGGGAGCCCACCACACACAUCAGCGACUCCAUCAUUGAGAUUGCCAUCAGCUCCGGCCAGUAUGGUGAAGGGGUCCCUCUUUCUCCAGCAAAACUGAAUGGUAGUGACAGUUCCAAGAGUCUUCCCUCCCCAUCCAGCAGUCCCCAGCCAAACUGGAUCGCCUCUCCCACCCACGACCCCCAGUGGUACCCCAGUGACUCCACAGACUCCUCGCUCAGCAGCCUGUUUGCAAGCUUCAUCUCCCCAGAGAAGAGCCGGAAGAUGCUACCUACUCCCAUUGGGACCAACAGUGGCACCUCCUUGCUGGGGCCUAGCUUGUUGGAUGGAAACUCACGGGACUCAUUUGUGUCCAGGUCCCUGGCUGAUGUCACAGAGGUUGUGGAUUCCCAGCUGGUGUGCAUGAUGAAUGAGAACAGCAUCGAUUACAUAUCCCGGUUCAAUGACCUGGCGCAAGAGCUGGCCAUUGCUGAGCCUGGCCGCCGAGAGGUUCUGUUUGAUGGUGGUGGAGGUGGCCCCCCCCUCAGCGACAUGUCCCAGUGACUACAUCUCAUGG